AGCUCACAAGAAUAUAGUUUAGUUUCUUUUAUACAUGUGCUAAUGUUUAAUGUCCAUAUCUUUUGUAGGUAAUAAGGUGAUUUCUUACUUAUAAUUUUGAACUAUUUAUAAGAUAAUUUGUGGAUUCUUUUCUAAAGUAUGGUUGGAUUGGAGCAUAUUGUUAGUGCUUCCCAAUUAUCUCUACUAAAUGUUCUUGGUGUGGGUAAUGCUCUUUCCACAAUAAUUUCAAUGUGUUUUGAUUUUAGAAUUGUUUUAGUUCUAUGGUUAUAUGGCUGCAACAUUUGCUUUCUUGUAGUAUCAUACAUCCAUUAUACAAUAAUCUUUUGGUUUACUAUGGGAUAAUGUGUGUUAGUUUUAUUAUAUCAUUUUGGUUGUUGCAAGUGCCAUAUGAUUUGAAGUAGGUCCAUUGAAACUUAAUACGUGCAGCUUUGACUCUUGAUGCUAUUAAAUCAAGCAAGUAUUUACAACUGCAAUUGUAUUUAGAAAUUGCAACUAAGUGUUUAAAAAAAGUGAAAGAGUUGACCUCCUUAGAAGAUAGAACAAACUCACUUAAAUUCAACAAGGAGCAAUGUGAAUAUUUAGUUGGUAAACUCGAGUCUACUAUGGAGAGUGCUUAUAGAUUCUUCCAUGCUAUAUACCAACAAAUAAAUGUUUCAUCUAUAGUUUUGGACUCCUUGUUGCAAAGACAAAAGAAAGUGAAAGCUACAUUCAAGGUUGUUGUCAAAAUGCAUGGAUUGAAGUAGCCACGGUAUUGACAAAUGUGUCAGAGCAUAUUUCAUCAAUAAGCUUUAAUUUUGGAAUUGUGUAGACUUGUCUUUUCUAAUUGUGAUUGGAAAGUACCCCCAUGCAAAUCGUGGAUAGAAUUUAUUGAGAAAAUAGAAAAGAUCAAUAAUAUUGAAGUUGAUUGUGUUUACAAGAGAGUCUUUGAAGAUGAAGAAGCUUUGCGAAAGAAAGUGGUCUUGGAAUUGAAAUCAUUGUAUGGCAAGGAACAUGAGUUGGCUUGUUUUUUGCUUGAAAGACUAGAAAGACUUAAAAGUACAUCAAGCAUCUUUUUAUAAAAGCUAUUCAAGAGAUUAUAUAGUAACGUGCAAGAACUCAACCGAAUAGGUAAAGGUGCAUUUGCUACUCUUUUCAAAGUAAAUUGGUUGGAGAUGGAAGUUGCGAAAAAGAUAUUUUUUGGAUCAAAUAAUGAAUAUUUUAAAUUAGAAGUGUUAGCUUUACCAGGGAUGUUUCAUGCAACUAUAAUGUUUUUAUUUCAUUGUACUUCAAGCAACCAUGGAUAUUCCAUUAUUAUAGAGUUGAUGGUAAAAGAUGUUAUAUCUUUAAUGUGGAGAAGGAAGCAAAAACUUGACAUUGAUGUUCCUUUCUUGAAUUUUGUAGCAAUUGACAUCAUUCUUCAACUUUCAGAAGGUAUGCUUUAUCUUCACUCAAAGGAUAUUGUACACAAAGACUUAAAACUAGACAAUAUUUUGGUGAAAGUAACAGACGAGGAAAACGGAUAUGUACAUUUCAAAUUAGUAGAUUUUGGAUUGUCCAAGACCAAAAAAAGUUGUUGUUCUACUCAAAUAUUCAAUAUAGAUACUUCUUAUUAUAUGGCUCCAGAAGUAAUUGAAUUUGAUGAAAAAGAAAGUAAAAAUCAUAUAAUUUCAAGUGCAAACAUACAAAAGUAUCCUCAAAAAAGUGAUUUGUAUAAUUUUGGUAUGAUGUAUUUGAAAUAUUGAUUGGAGAUGUUCUUUUUUCAAAUUUAAAACCAAAAGAAGCAAAAAAAGAAGUAAAGAGUGAUGAAUGUCCAACUCUACUUGAUCAUUGUCCAUCAAUUUUAGAGACUAUGAUAAAAGAUUGUUGGAAAUUCAACCCAAAAGAUCGACCAACUUUUUUGGAAAUUUGUAAAUUGUUGAGGUGUACUAAAUAUUUAUUUAUGACAUCAUGCUCAAGCUUGAUUAUAUUACCAAAUGGAUUGAAUAAUGUCACAUCUUUGACUACCUUCGAUUUAAGUCAAUGUUCUAGUUUGACAUUAUUGCCAAAUGAAUUAGAUAACUUUACAUAUUUAAUAAACUUAGAGACAAGUGGAUGGUCAAGCUUCAUAUUAUCGCUUCAUAAAUUAGGCAAUCUCACAUCUUUGACUACCUUAGAUAUGAAAAGGUGUUCAAGCUUGACAUCAUUGCCAAAUGAAUUAGGUAAUAUUAUAUCUUUGAUUACUUUAAAUAUAGAGGGGUGUUCAAGUUUGACAUCAUUGUCAAAUAAAUUGACCAACCUCACAUCUUUAAUUAUAUUAAAUAUUAGUGAAUGCUCAAACUUGAUAUCAUUGCCUAAAGAAUUAGGCAAUCUCACAUCUUUGACUAUCUUAGAUAUGAGUGGGUGCUCAAACUUGACAUCAUUGCCAAAUGAAUUGGGUAAUCUCACAUCUUUGACUACCUUGGACAUGAAUAGAUGCUCAUACUUGAUAUCAUUGCCAAGUGAAUUAGGCAACCUUGUAUCUUUGACUAUAUUAAAUAUAAGUGAGUGCUCAAGCUUGACAUCAUUGCAAAAUGAAUUGUGCAAUCUCACAUCUUUGAUUACCUUCGACAUGAAUAGAUGCUCAAGCUUGACAUCAUUGUCAAAUAAAUUAAGCAACUUUAUAUCUUUGACUACGUUAAAUAUAAGUGAGUGCUCAAGCUUGAUAUCAUUCUUAAAUGCAUUGAGCAACUUCACAUCUUUGACUACCUUAGACAUAAGUGGAUGCUCGUUUUUGAUAUCAUUGCCAAAUGAAUUGGAUAACCUCACAUCUUUGAUUACCUUAAAUAUAGAGAGGUGCUCAAGCUUGACAUCAUUACCAAAUGAAUUGUGCAACCUUACAUCUUUCACUAUCUUGAAUAUAAGUCAGUAUCUAAGCUUGCCAUCAUUGCCACAUGAAUUGGGCAAUAUUACAUCUUUGACUUCUUUAAAUGUAAGUGAAUGCUCAAGCUUGAUAUCAUUGCCAAAUGAAUUAGACAACUUCACAUCUUUGACUAUCUUUUAUAUUAGCAAGUAUUUAAGAUUGAUAUUAUUGCCAAAUAUAUUAUACAACCUCAUAACUUUGACAACCUUAAAUAUAAGAGGUACCAUCACUUGACAUCAUUGCCAAAUAAAUUGAGCAACUUUACAUCUUUUACUUACUUAAACAUGAGUAAAUGCUUCAGCUUGACAUCAUUGCCAAGAAAAUCAUGCAAUCUUACAACUUUGAUUAUUUAAAAUAUACAAGGAUGUUCAAGCUUGACAUCAUUCUUAUAUAAAUUGGACAACUUCAUAUCUUUGACUACCUUGGACAUAAGUGGGUACUCAAGUUUGACAUCAUUGCUAAAUGCAUUAAGCAAUUUCACAUCUUUUACUAUCUUGGACAGAAGUGGGUGCUCAAGUUUGACAUCAUUGCCAUAUUAAUUAAACAACCUCAUAUCUUUGACUAUCUUUUAUAAUAGUAGAUGCUCAAGCUUGAGAUCCUUGCUAAAUGAAUUGAGCAACCUCACAUCUUUGACUACCUUAGGUACAAGUAGGUACUCAAGCUUGACAUCAUUGUUAUAAGAAUUGAGCAACCUCAUAUCUUUAGCUAGCUUAAAUAUAAAUAAAUAUUCAAUAUUGACAUUAUUGCUAAAACAAUUAAACAACCUUACAUCUUUGACUACCAUAAAUAUA